AUGGUUCACACUCAAAGGUUCACACUCAAAGGUUCACACUCAAAGGUUCACACUCAAGGCACCUCAAAGGUUCACACUAUAGUUACCUCAGGUUCACCAGUUCCCAAAUCCUCGUUCACACGUCACACCAAGGUUCACACUCUUCACCAAGGUUCACCUCAAGGUUCACACCAAAGGUUCACACUCAAAGGUUCACACUCAAAGGUUCACACUCAAAGGUUCACACUCAUAGGUUCACACUCAAAGGUUCACACUCAAAGGUUCACACUCAAAGGUUCACACUCAAAGGUUCACACUCAAAGGUUCACACUCAUAGGUUCACACUCAAAGGUUCACACUCAAAGGUUCACACUCAAAGGUUCACACUCAAAAGAUGAAGUAUUGUGGGUGUUAGGAGGGAAUUAUUAG